UAGAAACGAUGGCGGCUCGUACUGCUCUACCGUAUUGGCUUUAAACUGUUGUGAGCGGUAAGAAUUUGCACGCGUUUUCUUUCAGAAGCUUUUCUAAAGCGUCAGGAAAGCUCGUGGUGAUCUUAAUGUCGCAGGAGAGUGGCAGUCGGACUUCUCUUGGCCUUUGGGAGAGCGAAUACAUUUGUCCGACACUCCAGCGGUAACGUUACAUUUAACGUUAGCCAGUCUGUUUGACCAUCUAAUUAGCCAACGAUCGUUUGAAGACUUAACAGACCUGGAAAUAUAGAAGCACCUCUCUGAAGACAAACACCUUCACCGAGUGUUAUUUUACACGCGCACUUUUUAAUCUCUGCACUUUUAGACCCUCCUAGACGUUUAUUUUUAACAGGUGCUCGGGACGCUCUCCGGCGUGUGAAGUUGUGAAUGUUUGGCAGGAUCUUGUUUCUACAGGUGUGUGUAUAGUGCUCGUUGUUGUAUUGUUGUAUAAAACACGCCCCACGGACUCUGGUGUGAUGGUUGACAUGCUAAAGACUCGACAGUGUCUGCUCGGUGUACGCACUUUUCUCGGCGUCACUUCCAGAAUAUGGAGCUUCUUCUUAUACAUCCUCAGGAAACAUAUCAGAACGAUAAUCCAGUAUCAAACAGUGCGGUAUGACAUUUUACCAUUGUCACCCAUCUCCAGAAAUAGACUCCACAACGUGAAGCGAAAGAUCUUAGUUUUAGAUCUUGACGAGACACUGAUCCAUUCUCAUCACGAUGGAGUUCUUAGACCAACAGUACGGCCCGGCACGCCGCCAGAUUUUAUCCUGAAAGUGGUAAUAGACAAACACCCGGUCAGAUUUUUUGUACAUAAAAGGCCGCAUGUUGACUUUUUCUUGGAGGUGGUCAGUCAGUGGUAUGAGUUAGUUGUGUUCACUGCUAGUAUGGAGAUCUAUGGCUCUGCAGUAGCUGAUAAACUGGACAACAACAAGGGAAUCUUGAAAAGAAGAUACUACAGACAGCACUGUACACUGGAUUCAGGAAGUUAUAUUAAAGAUCUGUCUGUUGUACACAAUGACUUAUCAAGUAUAGUUAUUCUUGACAACUCGCCAGGAGCUUAUCGAAGUCAUCCAGAUAAUGCAAUACCUAUAAAGUCAUGGUUUAGUGAUCCUAGCGACACAGCACUUCUUAACCUUCUGCCCAUGCUAGAUGCACUAAGAUUCACCGCAGACGUUCGAUCUGUCCUGAGCAGAAAUCUCCACCAGCAUCGACUUUGGUGAUCAGCUGACCGAGGGAUUUCUUAAACUUUUUUUUCAUAUAACUUUCCCUUCGAACUGCUUCCCUAUGUGACAUCUGCCUGUCCCGUCUCUCUCAAGACUGACUCGUCACUUCUGAGCAAAUCCCUUAUUUAAGGGGUAUCGGUAAUGGGAUAGUCUCUCAACCUGAUUGAAAAGACAAACGUUGAGGCAUCGGGAAGCCUUUUUUAGGCUAGAUUUUCCCCUCGUCGAAAUGGAGUUUCUGCCUUACAGCGUGACCUAUGCUGAUUAUGUGCGUGAGUUUAUGUUUGUGGAAAGUGUGUAUGAGGACGCCUGCUGUUUUUAUUUUCAAAUAUUUCAUGGAGUCUGCAAGAAAAAUAAGCUUUGGACAUCAUACCUCACUUCUAAAGGUGGUUUAAAAAGACUGGCUAAUGAAGCCCACUCUGCACAUCUAGUAGAGUUCACUGGAAUCACUAUCGAUGAAAAGGAUCCCGACAGCGGAGUAGAUUUAAUUGUUUAUGUUCAUGAGGUACAGUCUUGGAAGACAUGGGUUUUAAUGACUUGUGUGGUAGACCUAUCCCUAUUUGGAUGUGGGGGGAAAUUGUUGUAAACUUUUCUCCAUGAUCUGCAGCAAAUUCUUGCGUUUUAUUCCUCUUUUAUUCUCGGCCCGUAAAUGAACUUAUCAUGUUUAUCAGGGAGGAUAUUGAGUAUGAAAAGCAAAAUGACAGAUUUAAAGAUAUUCGCUCAAAUUCUUCUCUACAGAAUGUAUGUGGUUGAUCUCUGAAAUUCUACCACGUGGAAGCCUUUUUACAAAUGUUAUUUUUUUCUUUCAUGAAAAUGUAAUGAUGAUAAGACUUGAAUUUAUAAAACUUGUACUUCAUUGUAUUGAAAAGUUGACUGAGCAAACAAACACACUUUUUUACUUAAAGGGAUAGUUCAUACAAAAAUGAAUAAUCUGUCAUCAUUUACUCACCCUUAGUUUGUUUCAAAUCUGCAUAAAUGUCUUAGUUCUGAUGAACACAGAGAAAGAUAUUUGGCAGAAUUAUAGCAAUUUUCAGUUCUGGGACAUCGUCCAUUACCAUAAUAAGAAAUAUUGUAUUUUUUUGUUCAGUUGAACACAAUGAGAUAUUUUGAAGAAUUUAGGAAAACAAAGAGUUCUCGAGCACCUUUGACUACAAUUGAAUUCUUCCUACUAUGGUAGUCAAUGAUGUCCCAGAACUAAAAAUUACUAACAUUCUUCCAAAUAUCUUUCUCUUAUUUAUACAGGUAUGAAAUUACAUGAGGGUGAGUAAAUGAUGACAGAAUUUUCAUUUUUGGAUGAACUGUCACUUUAAGGCGUUGUUGGUUUCUCUGUGCACUUGUCAGAUAAUGUUAGUACUAUUGUCAUACAUUUAACACUUGUUAAGUCUCAAGGCAGCUUCCUGGGACACAAGUCCAGAGACCUGUGCACGUUACUAAUAAAAACGUG